AUGGUAAAAAAGGUCAAAUAACAAGAGAAAUAGGAGGAAGUCGUCUAAACGAAAAAGAAUCAAGAUAUAGUUGAGGCUGCAGUAGAAGUAGAUUAAGAAGAAUCCUACACUGUAAAGCAAAAGAAAGAGAAUGCUAAAAAGUUAUUAAAAGCAAUAAAAAAGCUUGACGCAAAGAUCAAGAGCUCAAUUGAUAAGAAGCAGGUAAUUAAGGCAGUGGAAGCAUUGCAGAAGUAUUAGCAAGAUCAGAAGUCAAAGAACUCAGCUAAAAAGUUACUUCAAGACGAGGAUAGUUUUAUCCAUGUUAACUUUACACUUAAUCAAGUACCAGAGAAGCCAACUCCUCGCCCACUAUAGAUAAAUCUACCUCAUCCAUUCCACUCUAAAGCACAUAAUACUAGAGUUUGCGUGUUUGUUAAGGACCCAUCCAGAGCAAUCAAGAAUGAGCUAUAAGAUUUGAAGAUACCAUGCAUUGCUAAGGUGAUUGGUUAUGACAAGUUAAAGAGAAAUUUCAAGCAAUACAAGGAUAAGAGAAAGCUAUUAUAGGAGUAUGACUAAUUCUUGGCUGAUAUAAGAGUCUAUAAAAUGUUACCAGAGGCUUUAGGAAGAGAGUUUUAUGGUUAGAAAAAAUACCCAUGCCCAAUUAAGAUCCAUGGCCACAAGACUCCUAAAGAUUUGUAAAAGAUUAUGAAUAAAGCUUCAUAAGCAGCAUACUUUAUCCAGGGUAAUGGACCAAACUAUACAGUUAAGAUUGGAAGAACAUCUCAAGACCCUAAGGAAUUAGCUGAUAACUUUGAAGCAGCUCUUAGCCAUGCAAUUGCAUAUGUGACUUAUCAUGAGGAUAUUAAAUACUCUAAAAUCCAGCAAGUUUCCAUCAAAGUCGGAGAAUCCCCAGAGCUCCCACUUUUCAACCAACUUACAAAAUCAGAAAUUCUUGCUUAUCUUGACAUUCAAUAAUGA